CGUUUUGCUGUCUCUCUUUCACUCUCUCUCUCUCGAUCUCGAAACCUCGAAUACCUCCGUAGCGAUGGCAGUGUUGGCAGCGGCUGCGGUGCGCCAAGCCGCGUCUCUAUCCCGGCUCACUUCUACUACAUCGCCGGCUCAAACCGCCAGACUACUCCAGCGGCGCGGCCUUGCAGGCGGUGGAGAUCCUCAUGGACCUCCAAGGAUUAAUUUCUGGCAGGAUCCAAUGAGCCCAUCUAAAUGGAAAGAAGAGCAUUUUGUUAUUGUCUCUUUAACUGGAUGGGGGUUGCUCAUAUAUGGAGGCUUCAAGGCCUUCUCUGGAGGCAAGAAAGACAAAAAAGAAGAGAAAGUUACAGAAGCGGCCCACUAGACUUGAUGGGGUUGCAUGACUGGUUUUAGUUCAUCAUUCUCACCUGGAAAUAAAGCGUUUGGCUGGGACAUGGCAAUCUCUUGGAAAUGUUAUUUCUUAGAUUUUACAAGACAUCAGUUUUGGGUUAGCUUAUAACUUGCUCUUGGAUUAAGGGCGAUAAAUGCUGAGAUCUGUUUUUUGUUUUGCAUUUCUGAUAUGAGAACUUUGGUGCAUUGUAUUUGGUUUUCUUUCAA